CGGUUAGAGUCGCUGCGUACCUCUGCGAACUUCCCAUCAGUAAAAUAUUUCAGCAACGAACUUUUUCCGACUGUACUGUCACCGAUAAGUAUCAGGCGAAAUUGAUAGUCAAAAAUUGGUUCCACCAUCUUGACAAAAAUGAACGAAAAGAAAUUGAUUGAUGAAAUUGUUGAAUUGCGUGAGUUGUUACGCACGAAGGAAACUCAACUAGCUGCCUUAAGGCGCGAAAAACAAAUCUUACAAGAUUACGGUUUGAAUAACGAAGAAAUAUUACGAUAUAGUAGGCAAAUAUUUUUGCCAGAAAUUGCUAUUAAAGGUCAAGUAAAAUUAAAGAAUAGCGCAAUAUUGAUCGUAGGGGCAGGUGGACUUGGAUGCCCAGCUGCAUUAUAUUUAGCAUCUGCUGGUGUUGGACAAAUUGGUAUAAUUGAUUAUGAUGAUGUAGAGAUUAACAAUCUUCAUAGACAAUUAUUAUAUGCAGAAACAAGUAUUGGAACACCAAAAGUAAAUACUGCUGCAGAAAGUCUUAAUCGCUUAAACAGUGACAUUAAAGUUACUCCAUAUAAAAUUCAACUAGAUAGCAGUAAUGCUCUGGACAUAAUAAAGUCUUACGAUGUAGUGGUAGAUGCUACUGAUAAUGUAGCUACACGUUAUUUAUUGAAUGAUGCGUGUGUUCUAAGUAAUAAACCUUUAGUAUCUGGAUCAGCAUUAAAAUUUGAAGGUCAUUUAUCUGUAUUUAAUUAUAAUGGACCUUGCUACAGAUGUAUAUUUCCUAAACCUCCUCCUCCAGAAACAGUAACAAAUUGUGGAGAUGGUGGUGUUUUUGGCCCAGCUGUUGGUACUAUUGGCGUCUUACAAGCAUUAGAAGCGCUGAAGAUAGUACUCGAUCUUCCGCAUGUACUAUCCGGUCAACUUCUAUUAUUUGAUGGACUAGAAACGAAGUUUCGUAAGAUCAACCUGCGUGCUAAAAAUAUAAACUGUGCCGUUUGCGGCGAACAUCCAACUCUGCACAAAUUAAUUGAUUAUGAACAAUUUUGUGGUGCAAAAGCAAAUGAUAAAGAUCCGAAAUUAAAUUUAUUAAGAACGGAAGAAAGAAUAAGCGUGGAAGAAUAUAACACAACAUUGAAAUUAGGCACGAAAGCUCAUAUUUUAAUUGACGUACGUUCAGCCGAAGAAUUUGACAUCUGUCAUUUAAAGAACUCUAUAAAUAUACCAUUAUGUGAUAUUAAUAACAACGAAACAGUAACAUUAAUAAGAAGUAGAAUACAGGAAAUACAAAAACAACAUGAUAAUGCUAGUUUAUAUGUUAUGUGCAGAAGAGGGAAUGAUUCGCAAAAGGCUGUAAAAAGUCUUCAGGAAAUAUUUCAGGGAAAUAAUCUAGAAAUAAAAGAUGUAAUUGGUGGCAUUCAUGCUUGGAGCAAGAAAAUUGAUUGUACAUUUCCUAUAUAUUAAUUGUAUAAAAUUGUAUGUAAUUGAUUACUUUCAUGUUUAUUGAUUUUUACUACUAAAAUUAAUAUGUGUAUAAUUACAUGAUGUUCGACAUUACAUUUUUAUAAAUAUAUAUACGUGAAUAACACGUACAUUUAUAAAAAUAUAUAGUUAUAUAAAGUGAA